AAACGAAUUCAUCUUCAGCAAACGUGGUUUAAGAAAAAAUGGCUAUUCCAGCUUUGAUCAGUUUAAAUCAUCUCAACAUUGAGGUUAUUAAAGAUCUUAUUACCAAGAGUGAUGAUGAAAUUAGAGCAACUGCUCUUAACAAUCCCAAGGCCGGUGAAGUUUAUGUCGUCCAAGUGAAUAAUGGGAAAGAUGAUUGGCGAGCAGAUGGGUAUAGGUGGAAGCAAAAUGGACGCAGUAAAAUUCCUCGUGGUUUACCACUGUACACAAAACUCCACUUUGCUACAGUUACACCAACAGGAACUUCAUGUGUUUUUCAGAAAUUUGUAUACCGUGAUCUAAGUCGGACAGAUGUUGUUGUUGUCCAUUAUAUAGGAAACCAUGAACUUGCAAUCUUAAUGCCUCAUGGAAAUUGCAGAAAAUCAAUAAGUUUUUUACCAACAGCUCCAACUUUGCGAGAUGCAAUUAUUGAUUCUGACAACUACAAGGAUCUUCUUGUUGAUACCAAGCAUAACCAGAUCCAAUUUCAGCCUAGAAACUCAAGACAGUUGAAGUAUGUGCGUAGUGUCAAAGCAGAAUGUACUAAACUAGGCACUGAAUCUUUUUUAACAAUUCAUGAACUGGCAUAUAUGAUACCAGGUUUUGUCUGGUCCAUAUCCACGUAUCCAGACUUGUCAGUGUUGUUUGGAAUGCAAAAUUUAAUCGAUGAACUUGUGAUGUGCCCUCAAAUUUUCUUUUCAUAUGACACAACAUUUAAUUUAGGAGACUUUUAUUUGUCAAUUUUAGUUGCUCAAAUGAGUUGUUUUAAUGAGAACCCAUGUAUGCCUAUAGCAUUUGUUUUACAUGAUAGGAAGUUAGAUAAUGUUCAUAAACAUUUCUUUAAAACAUUUAAAAGUAAACUACCAAUUUUUAAUCAGGUUGUUAUUGUGACUGAUGGUGAGAGUGGAAUGAGUAAGGCUAUUAAAAAAGUCUUACCAAAAUGGAAUCUGGUAUCUUGUUCCAAUCACAUAAUAUCUGAUGUUGAUUUUUGGCUAAAAAAACACAAUGCUUGUCAUGAAGAAAUAAUAAUCUAUAAAUCUCAAAUGCAGGAACUUCUCAGAUGUGAAAGUGAAUUACAUCUAAAAGUUAAAAUUGAUACAUUAAGGCUUUCUUGGAGUGAGGCAUUCUCAGUGUAUUUUUCAGACUACUUGUAUUCACGUAUUUUAAUAGCUUAUAUUGGUCAUCUCAGAUCUGUUGGUUUAAUGGAUAAUAUAGUUACAAAUAAUGUAUCUGAAUCAUUAAAUGCAGUUAUAAAAAAGUUUCAAGAAUGGAAAGAAGCGCCUGUUGAUUCUAUGAUUGUUGCAAUGCAUCGCCUUCAGACCUUUUAUUUGACAGAAAUUAAGCGGAGUUGUAGUGGCUUUGGACCCUACACUCUCUUUGACAGCAGUCUCCUAAUCAAUAACACAGACGACAUACCAAAAGUAGAUAGUCCAGAACUUGUUAUUGCAGAGCUGCAAGCAGCUGCAAGCAGCUGCAAAUAUACCAAUGCAGCAAUGCAUACCUCCAUCUAUACGAUCUCUGCACCUGAUGGAAAUGCGCAUGUUGUGAAGUUGUAUCCGAAGGAAAACUGCACAUGUCCUUCAUCAACAAUAUGUUGUCACAUACUAGCUGUUAAAUGCAGCAUUGGAAUUGAAUGUGGUGAACGCAAAAUCAUAAAUUUGACCAAAUUGCGGCGUAACUCACGGUACAUCAAAUUACUCUGGGGUGCCUAA